UAAAGCGCUCGUUCUCCUUGUUCUCCAAGCACAUCUGGGUCAGCAGCAUGUCGGACAGCGCGCUCUUGAGCACCGUGCUGCUCUUCACCGUCAGCCUCGCGCGCUCCCAGCAGCCCGACUUCCAGCACGCGGCCGCUUUAGACGCGCGCGGCAGAUACGUGAUGAGAUGGAGGUCUGACAACACGAGCAUCGCGGUCGAGCUCGAGGCGCAGACGAGAGGAUACGUCGGCUUCGGCUUGUCUCCAAACGGCGCCAUGGCUUCGGCAGAUAUCAUCUUUGGAGGGAUUGCAGACGGGAAACCUUACCUCCACGACUACUUUGCAGACAGCAACAGGAAAGUCCAAAAAGAUCAAGUCCAGAACUACAAGCUGCUGUAUGCAAGAGAAAACCACACACACACCGUGCUAGCGUUCAGUAGGGAUCUGCAGACCUGUGACCCUGAUGACAGAGAAAUCACGGGUAGUACAAUGCGGGUGAUCUGGGCAUUCCAUGAAGAAGAUGUCGGGCCAUCAGGGCCGACGUACCAUGGAAUAAACAGAGGGAGGAAAAGUUUACGUCUCCUGAACCCUGGGACCAGCAAGAGCGUUCCUCAUGGAACAGCUACCUUCGACCUGCGGAACAUUAACGUCCGAGUACCCCAAGAGGACACAACUUACUGGUGCCAGAUCCAUAAAUUCCCAGAAUUGGAGAAAAAGCAUCAUGUAAUCAAAAUUGAGCCGCUGAUCCAGAAAGGCCAUGAGAAUCUGGUCCACCACAUACUGGUCUAUCAGUGCGAUAGCACCCUGAAUGAGACUGAGCUGGAGAUAGGACACAAAUGCUACCAUCCGAACAUGCCCGACUCCUUUUUGACAUGCCAAACUGUCAUUUUUGCAUGGGCCAUCGGUGGAGAGGGCUUCACUUAUCCUCCACAUGUGGGAAUGUCAAUUGGAACAGCUGCAGAUCCAGUCUAUGUGCUGCUGGAGGUUCAUUAUGACAACCCUGCUUUACAGAGAAGAAUAGUGGACAGCUCGGGCCUGCGUCUGUUCUACACCCCCAGGCUGCGGAGCUACGAUGCAGGGAUCAUAGAGACAGGGGUAUGGGUCAGUCUUUACCACAUGCUGCCUCCUGGGAUGCAGGACUACGUCACUGAGGGUCACUGCAUGCAAGAGUGUCUACAGGAGUCUCUGGACAGAGAGAUGCCCAGUGGUGUUCAGGUAUUUGGAGUCCUGCUCCAUGCUCACCUGGCCGGCAGAGCCAUCAGAACCAGGCAUUUCCGUCAGCAGGUCGAGCUUCCUCCUCUUUCCUCAGACGAGCACUUUGACUUCAACUUCCAGGAGUUUCAGCCACUGAACCCAGAGCGGCAGCUUUUGCCUGGGGACUCAUUAAUCACUGAAUGCAUAUAUAACACUAAAGGCAGGAAGAACAUGACAUGGGGUGGCUUGAGCACAAGGGAUGAGAUGUGCUUGUCGUACCUGCUGUACUACCCUCGAAUCAACCUGACCAGGUGCGAGAGCCUUCCUGAGAUCAGCGGCCAACUCAAAUUCAUCGGAGUCAAGGAAAUUCAGAGCCCUCUUACGACGUGGCCUUUUGUGAUUAAAAGUCCGAAGAAAUACAGCAACCUUCCGUUCACCGAAGCCAUGGACAAGUUCCGAUGGACAAAGAAGAGAGGAAAGGACUUCAAUGAAGUUGUGCUGAAGCUCCCAAUGAACGUGCGCUGCUCCAAGCUGGGUUAUGACGAGUGGUUGGUCCAAGGCACGAUCAUGCCUCCACCGAAGAUGAAAUCGGUUCGACCGCCUGCCGAAAGCGCGUGUGCGAACAGCUCGGCAUCCCGGGGUCAUCACGCGCUCUCUGUAUUAGCCCUCACAGUUACAUCCUUACUCUUCCUUCACAACGCACAGCGCUGACGCCAUGUGAAUAGGGAAGACGUGUAGCCUAGAGAAAACUUUAUUCCAACAAGCAUCACGCACUGGACCGAAGCACGGGAGAACAGCAGUAGGACGUUGUUGGACUGAUGGACGUGAUUAGUCUGAACCAGAAAUGAACCAGCAUGGCUACAAACGUAAACAAAUAAUGAUGUAUUAUACACUCUCUAACCGAACGUCUCUAAUAUUUAACCAUCCUCAGUGGAAAGUCCACUUCCUCUCUUCCUCAGAUCUUCUUAAGAAGAACAUAUUUACAGAAUUUAAAUAUUCUAAAAGUACAAUAUCUCCAUACACAAUAGUUAGACGUGAAUAGAAAAAUGUUUGUGAAUGUUUUUGUUUGUUUUUAGUUUGUUCUUAUUCACUUGAAGUUCAUUAGGAUGAAACAUUUGUAGUACACUAUAUACCAUUUAUCUUACAACUGAUCUUACAACUAGUACAACUACAAAGUGCAUUAUGGGAGUGUGGACACUACCCCAUUGCAGUGUAUUAUGGGAUAUCAGGAAAGCGCUACAUUAGAGGUGUACUUCACUGUGCUUUCAGACAUGAUUAUGAUGAUUUAAAAAAAAUAAAUCCCUAACUAAUGCAUAUAUAUAUAUAUAUAUAUAUAUAUAUAGAGAGAGAGAGAGAGAGAGAGAGAGAGAGAUAGAUAGAUAGAUAGAUGUAUAGAACAGGGUGUGGUUUCAGACAUAUAGCAUACAGUGAGGAUUUGCUCUAUAGUCUCAGCUUUGCAUUUAAUAAAGCAUUACAUUGUAGACCUAUUAAGCACAAAAACGUUUUAAGUCAGUCUUGAACUUGAAUAAUCAUGCACUAAUACCUGAAUUCAUCCUUAAUUAAAUAUGAACUAAUGAUGAGUUAAGGCAUGUACUAAUCACGAACUAAUAUGAAGAGCAUGUCCUAGUACUACAGUGGGAUUUAAAGAGAAGUGAAUGGAGAAUGACGCAAAACAGACUGAGAUGAAAUGAUCGGUGUUUUAUUAUUAGUGCGCUCGCUAAGGAGGAUCGAUCGAGGAGGCACCACCCGGUGAUGUUUGUGUACGCAGCUGUAAUACGGCGAAUUACAUAAACAGUUUCAAAUGAUGCACGCUUAAUUCAUAUUCUUUCUUAUAGAGCGUGUUUGAUUUAGUUUACCCUAACACAUGGGCUAACAACGUGUGCUUGAGGUGGCCGUUAUUCACGUAUGAAUUCAUACUGUAAGACUCACGUCAUAGUUCAGGUUAGCUCUUCAUUAGUUCGUGAUUAGUACACGCUUUAACUCGUCAUUAGUUCAUAUUUAAGUAAGUGUUACUUCAGGGAUUAGUGCGUGAUCGCUCAUGUACCGUUAUUGUAAAGCGUCACCUUAUAAUGUUUCCUAAGUACCCUUUGACUUGCACUGCCAGUCAUAUAUUUCUAUAUUUUAGCUUUUAUAAUGUUUUUGAAAUACUUGAAAAUCUAUUAGGAGAAAUGUUUACUAUUGUUGUUGUUGUUUUUUUUUUAUUCUAUUAGUAUGAAUAAUUAAUUUAUGGAACAUCCUGGAUCAAAUCAGAAAAGCCCAUAUACUUCCGUGUAUGCAUGUGCUGUACUGUACUCACCGUAUGUUGUAAUAAUAAAGCCCUUAUUAUUAUAGAGUCUCAUUAGGAUUUGAUAGUGAUUACAGAAUAAAUUGCAAUGGGUGCAUGCUCUUGUAGGAAAAUACAGGGUUAAUCCCGGACGUUGUUGUUUUUCCAACAACAGCGCACCCCGACGUUUUUUAUUCCUUUUAUUUCACAGCCGUCUUUCAGCGUUUUUGUAUCAGAAUCCUUUGGAAAAAUGACAAACAUCUCGGACAUACAUAUUCAUACGAGCGCAUUAAUAUAAACCUGUCAGAACAUUCAGAUCUGAGAAGAACAUAUUAAAAAGCAUUCAUUCAAUUCCAGUGAAAAUGCUGGAAUAAAAUGAAACUGCAGCAGCAGCAGCUCUGAACCCUGAAAUCCCUCAAUUCUUUUUAAAUUCAGGCCAUCUUAGGUCCUACACCAUCCAUGAACUUGUCAUCGCCGUUAUGUCAUUACUGCGCCAUCACUUCCAACUUCCACAGACCUCAAGAAAGAUUUAGUCCUGACCCAGACUCUGGAACAUGUCUCGACACGCUCAGUCAUCUUCAUAAGAGAACGCUUUUCUGUCACCACGAGCAACUGACUCAGUCACAUA